AUGCACUGUGGAAACUCACCCGAGGAAGCCGAAGCACUCGGCUGUAAAUUCGACCUGAUGACCUACGGCUGGAUUCAUCCGAAUUGCUACAACGAAUCGUUAUCAGCAGAGUGGCAAGCAGAAUGGGGGCCAUGGGAGUGGAGAACCGAGAAGGAUGGCACCAAAGAGACGGAGAUUCCAUAUGAAGCACUUCCGUAUCAGCGCGUCGUGAUUCGAAAAGACAAGCUUGAAGCUUUCGACGAAACGAUCAGUCAGGAAUACGACAUGUAUGCAGCUCCUGACAUGAGCGUUCAUGGCGAGCACGGAGCACUUCAACUCUCAAUCCCUAGGGUAUGGGAGGAUCCUGUUACGCUUCAGCUCGAGGCCGCCAGAGCGUCUAAUCUGGGCCUCAAUCUAGACAUCAACAGUGGCAACCCAUUAGGAAUGGCCAGCGUGCCUUCGACAGCCAAAGCUGGGCUCAGGAGCACAGCCACGAAAGCUUAUUUGGAGAACGCUCCCCACAACCUGACAAUCAUGACUGAGACCACUGUGGCUAGAGUCAUUCUAGAUGGCACGAAAGCGAUCGGAGUCCGUACUGCAAACGGAGAUGAAUACCGCGCAUCGAGAGAAGUCAUCCUCUCAGCGGGAGCAGUGAGCACUCCGAAACUUCUGAUGUUGUCAGGCAUUGGCGAUACGAAUGAACUCGCCAAGCACAAUAUCGAGACAUUGCAUCACCUUCCUGGAGUGGGCAAGAACCUCCAAGACCAUCUAUCAGCUCCUUUCUGCUGGAAGCAAAAGAAGGGCGCAGUGGACUGGCCAAAGCACUUUUCAAAUCCUGAUACCAUCGCAAAAGCACGAGAACAAUUCAUGAAGGAUGGGACGGGUCCAUUGAGCGUCUUCUUCCAGGGUCUAGUCAUGGGAUUCUUCAAAGCCGACGAAGUCCUGGAUAGCGAAGAAUUUGAUGGCUUGGAUCAGGACGUGAAGGAUCACUUGCGUAAUGAGACUAUCCCUGUGUGGGAGCUGAGCAGCCACAUUCCACCCUGCACUCCAAACGCAUUAUCCGCUCCUGAGAACCACUACCUGACAAUGUUCAUCUUCCUUCACAACCCACAAUCUCGAGGAACAGUCCGUCUUGCCUCUGCUGAUCCCAAUGCCCCACCGCUCAUCGAUCCCAACUUCUUCUCUCAUCCCUUCGACACUCUGUGUGCUCUAGCAGCCACUAAGCGAGCACUAGCUUUUACUCGUUACCCUUCGAUUGCGGCGGACAUUGACUACCAAGCCGAUGGACCUGAAAGUGAGAGCGAUGAGCACAUCCUGCAAUACUGGAGAAAAGCUGCUUCUAGCACAUGGCAUCCUUCUUGUACUGCGAGCAUGGGAAGGGAGGAAGAUGAGACUACAUGUGUACUGUCCGACUUCAAGGUAAAAGGCCUUCAAGGUCUGAGAGUCGUUGACUUGAGUGUGCUUCCUUUCCUGCUGAGUUGCCACCCAGUGAGCAUUGCGUAUCUGGUCGGCGAGAUUGCAGCGGAGAAGAUCAUUGGGGGUUUUGAGUUGGACAAGUAG